ACCAAGAAGCAAUCGACCUAGAAACAACCGACUACCUAGCAUUAAAAGUGGUUUGUCAAUUACUACAUGAUAUUACGGGGACUACUAAUGAUAAUAGAGAAGAAAUCGCUCUUCGAGUUGCCGCCAAAACUGCCAAAGAAGCCCAAGAUAAAAUUGAAGCAGCGAUUAAUGAAGCCAAAAACAAUGACAAAUCCGCUCAGAUAAAAACGCUUUACGAUAAAUUGAUAGCCCUCAACGAAACCGAAAGCGAACACGAAAAAAAAGUCCUAACCGAUAAUGCGGCUUUACAGACCGAAUUAAAUGACACAAUUGCUAAUGAUACAGAGGAACCAGUAGAAAUUGAAAUUACUGAUUUAACCGAAGCGGAAAGAAACAGGAUAACUGCUGACGACAACACUCCGGAAAAAAUUAAAAAAGCCCGACAAGAAAUCAUUACUAACUACCAAAAAGACAGAACAGAAAAAAAAGAAUUAGUAAAGCAAAUUACCGAUACUCUCGCUAAAUUUCACUCGGUGAGCGGAAAUAAUGCGGAAUUAGAAACAUUAAAAGAGAAAAUCAAGGCUGAUUAUGAUUCGUGGAAAUCAGAAGAAACCGCACCAUCUCUGAACCAUUUUGAAGCCCGAUACAUAAAAUCCUUGGAUAUUUUUGUGAUUUUGAAUAAUAUAGACAAGGCUAUUGGGGAAAAUGAGAAAAGAGAAAGAAGGAAGAAAGAAAAUGAUUUUAUUGCAGACUUUAAAUCUAUGCUACUAAACAGCGACCGAAAGGAUGCCGAUGGUGCUUACAAUGAUUGA